CUUGGAGAACACAACAGACUCUCUAGUUUUUGCACUUAACAGCACCACUGAGUGCUUGUGUGUCAAGAUUUGGAAUGAACCUCUGUUACAAUGUUAUAGUUAAGCGAUAUUUAACUGUUGCUUGGCUUACAAAGAUGAUCAAUAUUAACUGCGAUUUUUAUAUUGUGCUUUAUUCACAGACAAGUUACAGAAAGAAAUUCCACUUUGUCUAAAUAUUAUUAGCACAGUUAUGAAGCCAUUUUCACUUAAAGAUUGGCUCUGUCAGCACAGUAAGGAUAUUAAAGAAAAGCGAGUUGUUGACAUGUUUGGUGAUCAGUUUGAGACCAAGACGGUGGUUUAUGGAACUGGAGAGAGUGAGGAAAAGCAGAGUGCAGACACCUGGAUAUGGCAGCUGGAGGGUAAAUCUGUUGUGGUGAUCGAUGGUGAAACUACUAACCUGACUGCUGGAGAUAGCCUUCUCAUCCCAUUAAAGACUAAGUAUAUAUGGAAAAGAGCUGAAGAAACGGUUGCGCUUUGUGUCGUACAGGAUCCAGCACUGAAGAAAUCCUAUGUUAAAUAACAGUUCUGCAGGCACAACAUUUUCUUUACCUGUUUCAUUUCAUUGCACAUGUAAUCAUUGGAAUAAUUUUAAGUGAAUCCUCUCAUUUACUGUGAUUGCAUUUUUUUGAAUUUUGGAUAAAGAGUGAAUCGCAGGUUAAAAGAAUGAAAAUCUUCAGAUGUUCUAAAAACAGGUACAUAGGAGAGGGAUUUUAAAAAAGGCCCUCCGUUGGUCAUUAUAUGAGUUGAAUCUGAAGAAUGAGCUGCUGUAUCUCUGAGACAUUUGAUUCACACUGGAAUCUGAUCUGAACUUGAUCGACAAAAUCUGGCAAUUAUUGUUUUUUAAUGUAAUAAUGCAAUAGUUAGUAAUUAAUCAAUGUGGUUUGCAUUAUGUAUCAACAAUGCAAGGAAAUUCAACUGAUUGUGGAACAUAACUUAAAUAAAAAUAUUAUUCGUA